CGGACAUUGAGGGGCGGAAACGCGUUGUCCUCUGCGGGGCGGAAAUGACAUAAUCGACCGGGACCGAGACGGAACGGAGAGAAGACGCUGUGCAAUGGAUGAGUUGGCUCAUGACCUGGCGUCUGCGCUGGACGAGACGUCUGAACAGAACCGUUUGGACGAGGAGAUCUGGGAUGGACCGGUCCUGUGCCCGCGGCAGCAGCAGAGAAGGCAGGCUCGUAAACGGAGGGGGCGCAAGCGGCGCUCCAACUCCAACCACUCGCUGGAUUAUGCCCGCUGCUACAGCGAGGCCUCGGAAUCCAGUCAGGACGAGGUGGGGGGUGGGGGAGGCAUCGCGGGCGGGGGAGGGGCCAGUGAUUCCGACGAUGACCGAGCAGUGGUGAAGAGACUCUCUUCCCUCAAUGUCACGCUCAAGGGGAAGUACCACACCUGGCAUGAGUCAGAUUCCUUCACCGAGAAUACACCUGGGCAGCCACUGCGCCGACGGCGUAAGGUCAAACGCGUGACCUCAGGGGGUGCGGGUGACGUCAGCGCUACGCUGCAGAAGAAGCUGAAGGUUUCAGAGCCCCGGCUGGGGUCCCAGCCCCCUUCCUGUUCCCUGAAAGCCCCUUGCCAGCACAAGAAGCAGCGCCUGUGCAAGGCUCCCUCUGCUGAGUCCUGGCUGAGCUCCGAGGCGCUGUCCAUCGAGCCCAGUCUCCGGCUGGAGGAAGCCCGCAAGGAAGGGAUGGAUUGUGAGACCAAGGAACAUAAAGCUUCAGACGAGAACAUGACUGACAGUGAUGCGAGCAGCGUGUGCAGCAGCGAUGGUCUCUUCACCAAUGACGAAGGACGACAAGGUGACGAUGAGCAGAGUGACUGGUUCUACGAGGGUGAAUGUGAACAAGGAUUCCGUAUUCCCAAACUGCUCCCUCACUGUGACCCGCAGCUCAAACCACCACUGGCAGACGAGGACCAGGGUGUAGGACAGUACACCUCGCCUGCGUUCCUGCUGCCCUCUCGGCCAGCGCAGAGAGGUUACCAUGCUCGGCUGAACCGUCUCCCAGGGAUUGCGGCCCGCUGCAUACGGAAAGGUCGAAGGCGUCUCACGGGCAAGCAGGAGGGCCCUGUAGGUGCCAUUCCCAACGAGCGAGUGAGUCACUUUGGGCAGGAUCCCUAUCAGAAGGAAUUGCGGAGAAACUUCUGUGUCCGGGGUCAGUACCGAGAGUGGAGUGUACUGAACCGGCUUCAAUCCCUGCGUGGGUUUAACCCUUUGGUACCUCUGUACCCACUGGAGGUUCUAACCGACAGCUCUCACAGGAAGUGCUCCACCCUUCAGCACAAAUCCAGCAGGCAGACCAGUGUCCACCUUGGCUCGCUGUGUACUGGCGAUGUGAAAAGAAGGCGCAAAACUGCGACUGUAACCAGCCCUGCGUCAGCUGCGACCUGUCACCACGGAGACAGUGUAGACCUGAGUCCAGAGGAUGCUGGGAGCAGCAAGAGCUCAGCAAGCAUGGACUGGGUGGAGGGGCAAACCCAAACUGGAUCGGGAGCAGAGAAACCAGGCUCCCUCGACCGGGUGGAGCAGCUGAUUCCACGCUCUCCUGCAGGACCAGCUCGGCUAUGACAAGGCCCCAGAGAUGGGACAGACUCACCGACUGAACUGCUGGUUCCGGUAGCGUCAGGAGAAAGCUCUGAGGAUUAAUGGGGAUCUCAUUAUGAAACGGGUGACUGUGGAAAGGUACAGCAACUUUAAUUCCCCUCUCCCCAACAUCUCGCAGUGAUGCUCCUGCACAUAGACUCUGACUGCACUUGGAGUGAGAAUGACUGGAAUGGAAUCCGUCCACGCUGGGCAGUACAGCAAGAAAGGCUUAAACGCCCCCUUGCUUCAGACCAACAGCACCAACUGGACCCACUCCCCGCACAAUGAAGUGUCAGGAUUCAAGGAUGUUACUCUGAAUGAUGGGUAUGAAUAAAGGGGGGGCCCCUGCAGGAUGCCGAGUGGACAGGUGUGAUUUGUAAAACAUGGCGUUAAAACCAGAGCUGAGAUUUGGAUAGGGCUCUGAAUGAAUCCCAAGAAUUUGGCUUCUUCCCUGUCACACUCACCUCCCCAAGAGUGUUACACAUGAUGUGCUUCAUAUACGCGCGUGUUAUAUAUAAUAUAUACGCGAGAUUAUAUAUCAAGACAAUAUAUGUCAAGAUUUGGUUUAACAUCACAUAUGAAAUGACAGCAACCUAGACAGUGAGCAAUUGCUGUCCUCGCUAGACACUCACCAGUUGAAGCAAAGGGAGAAUCCAUCACGAGUGUUAUACCUAGUAGCACACCGUGUGUUAUAUAAUAUGUACAGUGUUAUACCUAGUAACGCACAGUUUAUUAUAUAAUUGAUAACGCGCCAUGCCUUAUCUUGCCCUGAAUGCAUUAACGUUCUUGUGCAGCUGCUCUUCAUUGGCAGUCUGUUGUGAAAGUUCUCUGCCUGUUCUGAAGUUUCCCCACUUGCCUAUUAUGUUUCUCUGUGAUGUCAGUAAUUCGUGCUCCACUAGGGAGUUAUAUUAAUGUUGUGUCUAUUUCUGAAUUGGCUCCUUGUCACACCUUGUGUUACACAAAUCAUUUUCUCCCAAAUUACUCCAAAUGCUUUCUGAAAAACGUACAUGCACCAUUUUCCCCUCACAGUGAAAUUUCUAACAUCCCAAAUGAGUUUUAAACAAAAAUUUUAAGUGCAAAUAUUUAGAUAUUUCACAACCAUCUGAAAAAAUGUACCAUUGAAUGGUCUUUUAAUGCUUUCAUUAAAAUUUUUACUGAGCAACCUCAGUCUUUCUUCUGCAUU